UUGAGCAAUCUCUAUAAUCGAAUGAAUCCUUUUACGUACAUCAUAAUGAUCAUCACUACAACAGUUGAUAAGAAUGUCAUUUUGGAAUUCCUCUGAAAUCUUUACUCAGUGGUAAAAUGGCGACUAUACUUCCUCGUACGCUUGGUCUUGCCGAAUCAAUUAUUAUUAAAAAUGGAAAUAAGUUGUUGGCAGCAGCUACAAGCACCAACCUUCCUAGCAAACAACAAGUACGCCAUCUAAAUGUGCAUGAGUAUGUGAGCUACACACUCCUCAGGGAUCACGGCAUCCCUGUGCCAAAAUUCAAUGUUGCCAAGACCAAGGAUGAGGCAGUUAAGUUCGCACAAGAACUUAAAACAAAGGACAUUGUAUUAAAAGCACAGGUACUUGCUGGAGGCCGCGGUAAAGGCUCCUUCAAGAAUGGCUUGAAAGGUGGUGUCAGGAUGGUCGACACGCCUGACGCCGCCGGCGACAUCGCAGGCAAGAUGUUGAAGCAGUUCCUGGUGACGAAGCAGACGGGCGCCGCGGGCCGCAUCUGCAACAUGGUGAUGGUCACCGAGCGCAAGUUCCCGCGCCGCGAGUUCUAUAUCGCCAUCAUGAUGGAGCGCAGUUUUAACGGUCCAGUUAUAAUCGCAUCUUCUCAAGGUGGUGUCAACAUUGAAGAUGUAGCCGCGGAGAGCCCAGAAGCUAUUACUUACGAACCCAUCGACAUCAAAACAGGAAUAACAAACGAACAAGUGUGUCGUGUCAUAGACAAGAUUGGUCUGAAAGAGGUAGCAAACGAUGCUGCAGACAUGAUUACGAAAAUGUACGACCUGUUUCUAAAGAAGGAUGCAUUACUGAUUGAAGUGAACCCUUACGCGGAAGAUGCGCUCACCGGCAAAUUCUUUUGUUUGGACGCUAAGUUCCGUUUCGACGAUAACGCUGAGUUCAGACAGAAAGAAUUAUUCGCGUACAGGGACACGACCCAAGAGGAUCCCAAGGAAAUCGAAGCCGCCAAGUUCAAUUUGAACUACAUUGCACUUGAUGGAAACAUUGGGUGCAUGGUGAACGGGGCCGGUCUGGCAAUGGCGACCAUGGACAUCAUCAAGCUGUACGGUGGUGAUCCAGCCAACUUCCUUGACGUCGGCGGUGGCGCUACAGCACAAGCUGUAUCUGAAGCAUUUAAAAUCAUUCUGUCCGACCCAAAAGUGUCUGCCAUCCUAGUAAACAUCUUCGGCGGUAUAAUGCGAUGUGACGUCAUCGCGGAAGGUAUCAUCAACGCCGCAAAGAAUCUUAACAUUCAGAUCCCCGUGAUUGUGCGUCUCCAGGGCACAAAAGUGACGGAAGCCAGGAAGCUGGUGGCGGAGUCGGGGCUGCGCAUCGUGCCGCGCGACGAUCUCGACGAGGCGGCGCAGCUCGUGGUGCAGCUCUGCGAGAUCGUGGCGCUCGCCAGGAAAGCCGGCGUCGAGGUCGCCUUCGACAUCCCUCAAUCCACCACUCAUUAGACUUGCAGUAUUCUACACAUCUCACGCUAUAUGUCGUUCUAUAUAAUCGUGCUAUUUAUCGAUCAUUACCUAGACUAGAAGAGUAUUCGCCUUUGUCGAAUUUAUUAUUGUGUUGUUUCAAUCGUAUUCUCAUCUACUAUGCCUUUAAUAUACACAUUGAGCUUCAUUCAAGACAGAAGUUUGUACAAAUAUGUAUUAUACUGUAAGACAUAGAUUUAGUUCAUUUUAAUGUGUUAGAUGGAAACACACCGUGAGUUUGUAAUAUGCGAGUUACCAACUGUUUAUAGAAUAGUACAGGUUGUGUACAUGAUUUAUUUAACUAUCCAUUUUUAAAUUAAUUCACUACUUAUUUAUUGAAUUCGUAUAAUUUAGAAUAAGCGUUAGCUGUUUAUAGUUAAAUAAACACCAGUAUAGAGUUAAUAUGCUGCAUUCCAUGAGAUACUUUAUUGUAAUGAUGCAGCUUUAAAUCAAAACUAUUUUGCUAUACUUAAAGUAAUUAAAACUUAUAUUUGUCAGUUGAAGCUGUAAGCUUUAUAUUCAUGUAUGUAUUAUUAAUUGUAUUAUUGAGGAGCGGUCUAAGGUCGUAUCCGUAAGACGUGUAUCGAUGCAAUAAUCAAGGUAAUUUGUACAUUAUGUACUAUACGUAUAUGUUCCUUUGUAUAUAGCAUACUUAAGUUCAGCUAUCUACUGGACUUGAAUAUUAUUUUCUCGAAAGUUUUAAAGUACAAUAUUGUGAAAUGUUUGUGUAACUUGACUAAUUAUUAUUAGUGCGUUAUUUAUUGGCUUCGUAAAAUGAUCAUCUAAUAAAAAUAUUUUAGAUCUG